AGGAGCGGGAGGGAAGCAGAUAAGCCAGCCCCUCUCUCUGUAUCCGUCCGGGCCUUGGGCUGAGACGGGUAACCCCUGACCCCCACGCGUCCCAGCUCUGCACCCUCCCUCCCAAAUCCCCAGCGCCUGCCCGCCCGGGGAUCCGGCGCUGGGACCUGCGCCCACGCCCAGCCGGGAGUCCCUCCUCCUUCUCCUCCCUCUCUCCCGUCCUUCCACUUGCGCCUAGCCGGGGGCCGCGGCUAGCCCCGAUCUCUCCGCUGCGGUCCGGGAGGUAGAGGCGUCCCAGGCUCCUUCAGGGACCCAGCCUGGACUGGCUCUGGAGCCAGGAUGGCUACUCCCCAGGCCCUCCUGACCUGCCUGGGUGUCCUGCUGCUACUCCUCCCCAGGAAUCAGGCCCAGGACCAUGCUCCACCUGGGUGCAGCCCAGACCUCAACCCCCUCUACUACAAUCUUUGUGACCGCUCAGGGGCUUGGGGCAUUGUCCUAGAGGCUUUGGCUGGGGCUGGCGUUAUCUCUACCUUCGUCCUAACCAUCAUCCUGGUGGCCAGCCUUCCCUUUGUGCAGGACAGCAAGAAACGGAGCCUGCUAGGGACCCAGGUGUUUUUCCUUCUGGGGACGCUGGGCCUCUUCUGCCUCGUGUUUGCCUGUGUGGUCAAGCCUGACUUCUCUACCUGUGCCUCAAGGCGUUUUCUCUUUGGUGUCCUUUUCGGCAUCUGUUUCUCCUGUCUGAGUGCCCACGUCUUUGCCCUCAACUUCCUGGCCCGGAAGAACCAGGCACCUCGGGGCUGGGUCAUCUUUGCCGUGGCCCUGCUCUUGGCCAUGGUAGAGGUCAUCAUCAACACAGAGUGGCUGAUCAUCACACUGGUUAGGGGUGGGCACGGAGGGGGACGUAGUCUUCUUCUUGGCAACAGGAGUGCCAGCUGGGGUGAGGCAUCCCCCUGUGCCAUUGCCAAUAUGGACUUCGUCAUGGCCCUCAUUUAUGUCAUGCUCUUGUUGCUGAUCGCCUUUGUGGGGGCCUGGCCCAUCCUGUGUGGCCGCUUCAAGCGUUGGCGGAAACAUGGAGUCUUUGUGCUGCUCACCACAGCCACCUCCAUUGCCAUCUGGGUGGUAUGGAUUGUUAUGUACACCUAUGGCAAUGAGCAGCGGAACAGCCCCACCUGGGAUGACCCCACCCUGGCCAUAGCCUUAGCUGCCAAUGCCUGGGCCUUUGUCCUCUUUUACAUAAUCCCUGAAGUCUCCCAGGUGACCAAGGCCAGCCCAGAGCAGAGCUACCAGGGGGAUAUCUAUCCCACCCGGGGUGUGGGCUAUGAAACCAUCCUGAAGGAGAAGAAGGGACAGAGCAUGUUUGUGGAAAACAAGGCUUUCUCAAUGGAUGAGCCAUCCUCAGCCAAAAGACCUGUUUCACCAUACAGCGGGUACAAUGGUCAGCUGCUGACGAGUGUGUACCAGCCCACCGAGAUGGCCCUGAUGCACAAAGGCUUGUCUGAAGGACCCUAUGAUGUGAUCCUCCCACGGGCUACUGCCAAUAGCAGUCACAUGUUGGGCAGUGCCAACUCAACCCUUCGGGCUGAAGACAUGUAUACCACCCAGAGCCAUCAGGCAGCAUCACAGAAGGAUGGCAAGAACUCGCAGGCUGUACAGAACCCCGCACCUUUCCAGGCCUUGUAAUGCAAACUAGGAGGGAGCCCGGAUUCAGCAGACCUGAAGGAGUGGACUUAGGCAGGCUGCCUGCCCGCCGUGGAUGUCUAAUCUGGGAAGAGCAGGACUCACCUCCCUAUGUCCCCCUUUUGCCUGUCCCUGGGCUUCUCUAUCAGGAAACUGAGACAAAAGGAUCAGUCCCUACGCUCCCAUCCACCCUGAUGUCCUCCCUGCCCCACUCAAAGACACAGUCCCUUCUGGGGCCACCCCAAGCUCUUCAGAAUGAAGGAAGGGUCCCUGUGAUUGUACCUCCUCCAGGUUACCUUGCCCACUGUGAGCUGACAUCUCAGGUGCCUCUUUCUUCUUUGGCCCCCAUCUUGGGACCUUACAAAUGUAGCCAUGCCCUUUGCUGCCCACUGCAGCUAUUCCUUUCUCAUAAUCAUGUUUUCUCUGGAGGGGGUCAGGCUUCUGGAACUGACUUGAGCUGGGGGGGUGGGGGGGUGACCCUGCAGGUAGAUAGUUCUGGCUCCACUCCCGUGGGUUUGCUACCUAUGAGGGUGAAUGGUCGCCAUUUGAAUGGAAGGAAGCAAAUGGCCAGGGAUGAUAGGCAUCCUGGGCAGGAAGAGGGGGCUCUUGGCUAACACCCUUCUGGAGAAGUAAUAGCUUCUUCUACUGAAAGCUUCAUGUUGAUGCUUCCUGGUCCAUGGUUCCCGGAUCUGAGCCGCUUCAGUGCUACCUUCACUCCCCCCCACCUUCCCUUGCCACUAGUGUUCUGCAUCAGAUUCACACCCCUGGCCCAUGAGGCCUUUUGCACUCUCUGGCCUUCUGCUCUCUGCUCCAUCAGAGAGGAUGCUGACUACAUAGACUGUCUUACUUGGAAGCAGCCUCCUCUCCCUGCUUCCUGGGAAACUUGGCCAAGAAGGGUAGGAAAUUUGGAGGUCUUGGCUGCCGUGGGAAAUGCAGAGGUACUGUUUGGUGCCUGUUGGCUUUUUCUUUUUUUUUUUUUUUUCUGUGAAGUCUUACCUUAUGUUCUCUUUCAUUUUCUUCGGGAACCCUGGUCAGUGUAAAUGGCCAGCUCCAACUGGAAUGCACGGGACAGGAAGCAGCAGGAAGGCCUGAUUGAUUGGACAUCUCUGGGCUAAGACUAGAAGGAUCCUUGAGAGAUACAGGAUGGCAGAAUGAGCUAUAUAUACUCUCUGGACCAGAGUUGGGAUAGGGACCAGAAAUCAGGCUCAGGACAUCUGCAAAGGACAGUCUGUGCUUGUAAAGGUUUGGGAAUACACUUUGUUACUUCCUGCUGGUCAGAUAUCAAAGGCCCAUGCCCCCUCCCACUUCCCCCUGUGUUGUGUCUCUACUGGGGGAAUAGGAGGGAGCCAGUUAUUGUGAAAUAAAAGGAGCGCCUUGGCAAAUAGGAUUCACCCAGAGAAAGGAGUGGGGUGGAGGGCUUACUGUCAUCUGGUCACUUAGGAAAUAGUACAAUCAAUACAAAAAUAAAGAAGGAGUGAUCCUUGCUACUGGCAGCUGUUUCCUGCUCCUGGUGAGUUUCCCUGUGAAACCAAAAGGAGUCUGUACCUUUAGUUGCCCCACCCCCACCAGGCCUCAAGUGCCUAGAACAGGGUUCAGCUAUGGGUGCUACCAGGUGCAGUGAGUACCCUCACAUUAUACUCUGUUGCUUCCAGCACUGAAGCGCUUUUCUCUGCAAACAGUAUUUUUCUGGGGCUAAGCUUAAUGAACUCUAAUAUAUGGAGAAGGUGGGGGAAGGGUGGAUGGAUCAAGAACACGAGAAGAAGCCUGUGAGUUGCAUCUGUGCCUGCUGGAGGUGACCUGAUCUUCACCCUCUACUCUACCUGUAAGCUGGGUUUUAUAUGUAGGUAGACCUAAGUAUUACUUCCUCUCUAUGGGAAGGGGUGGAUGUGGAGUUGAAGCCCCAUAUAUCCCUAAGUUUUCCUUGAUUUUGGUUAGUGGCCCAAACGUCCCCUUGAAUGAAUAAAGUUUUACUAUGUUUUGUGUAAUUAA